AUGUACCACGGCACCAGCAAGGAGGCUGCUGAAAGCAUCAUGAGGAACGGCUUCAAUCCCUCAAUAGACGGCAUGCUGGGGCGCGGCGUGUACCUCAGCCGCGACAUCCAGAAAGCCAGCCGCUACCCUCUGAAUUUAGCCAAUGCGGACCGCAGGGUCCUGGAGCUCAAAGUGAAUGUGGGGAGGGUGAAGAAGAUUAAUCGCCAGGGGCACCCCCUGCAGAAGACCUGGCACUAUGCUGGCUAUAACACAGCCUGGGUGCCCCCUAACUGUGGCAUGGUGCCCAGUGGUGAGGAGGAGGACUGUGUCUGGAAUCCCCAUAGAAUCAAGGUCAUCAGGAUAGUGCCUCCUUGCCUGGAGAAUUACUCUGAGCCUGCCAACAACUCAACCUACGUCAUGUACCACGGCACCAGCAAGGAGGCUGCCGAAAGCAUCAGGUGUUAUGGCUUCUCUCCAUCGAAUGACGGCAUGCUGGGGCGCGGCGUGUACCUCAGCCGCGACAUCCAGAAAGCCAGCCGCUACCCCCUGAAUGUAGCCGAAGGGGACCGCAGGGUCCUAGUGCUCAUAGUGAAUGUGGGGAGGGUGAAGAAGAUUGACUACCAGGGGCACCCCUUGCAGAAGACCUGGCAUGCAGCAGGCUAUGACACGGCCUGGGUGCCUCCUAACUGUGGCAUGGUGCCCAGUGGUCUGGAGGAGGACUGUGUCUGGGACCCCUGUAGGAUCAAUGUCAUCAGUGUUAUCAAACCUAAACCACAGCCAUACCCAAUCAGGAGAAGAAUGUACUGGGCUGAAGAUGACAUGAUGGGCCCUAGGCCUCCUUGCCUGGAGAAUUACUCUGAGCCUGCCAACAACUCAACCUACGUCAUGUACCACGGCACCAGCAAGGAGGCUGCCGAAAGCAUCAGGUGUUAUGGCUUCUCUCCAUCGAAUGACGGCAUGCUGGGGCGCGGCGUGUACCUCAGCCGCGACAUCCAGAAAGCCAGCCGCUACCCCCUGAAUGUAGCCGAAGGGGACCGCAGGGUCCUAGUGCUCAUAGUGAAUGUGGGGAGGGUGAAGAAGAUUGACUACCAGGGGCACCCCUUGCAGAAGACCUGGCAUGCAGCAGGCUAUGACACGGCCUGGGUGCCUCCUAACUGUGGCAUGGUGCCCAGUGGUCUGGAGGAGGACUGUGUCUGGGACCCCUGUAGGAUCAAUGUCAUCAGUGUUAUCAAACCUAAACCACAGCCAUACCCAAUCAAACCUGUGUGUAACGCUACUACGGGGCCCGGCGUGUACGUCAGCCGCGACAUCCAGAAAGCCAGCCGCUACCCCCUGAAAGUAGCUGAAAGGGGCCACAGGGUCCUGGAGCUCAAAGUGAAUGUGGGGAGGGUGAAGAAGAUUGACCACCAGGGGCACCCCCUGCAGAAGACCUGGCACGACACUGGCUAUGACAUGGCCUGGGUGCCCCCUAAAUGUGGCAUGGUGCACAGUGGUCUGGAGGAGGCCUCUGUCUGGGACCCCAGUAGGAUCGUGGUCAUCAGGGUUAUUGAACCAGAACCACAGCCGUCCUUUGGCUGUAACGCACAAUAA